AUGGCAAACUCGCAACUCAAACCACCCAAAGUCUUCAAAAAGCACAGUAAGAAAGGCGAAAACAGAUCGACUUGCUGGCGCUCUUUGAAAUGGAAAAUCGCGAUUUUAUGCUGCUACAGUCACCGCCAAAAGGGGUCGAGCCUGCUCCACAAUCUUCUUAUUCUAAUUGUGGUAUUCUCCCAGGUUUAUCUUCUACACAGAUAUGGACUCCACAGAGGCCGCAAAAGCGCUGAUUCUAGCGUUCUAAUGCAGAUGAAACGAUCGUAUCCGUUACAAGGCGCUACAUCUCAGCUACAGCAAUUUGUUGAGCAGCAGUUCGGCAAGAACUUGGAGAACCCAUUUGCCUACGAAGAGCAGCAAAAUCCCUUCCAGUUCCCAUUAACUAAUCAGCAGCCCUUGAACAAUCUCGUUCAGCUUCCGGAAUUGCCAAAUGUAUUAGAAACGAAUGAAAUCAACCUCCAGCCAAGCUUAGCUCCUGUCAAAGAGGAAGCUGUUGAAUCUCCAGCGCAAGCUCCUGAAUUAACUGUGGGAGUUGUUCAACAAAAAGAUUCGCCACUGGUCCCGCAACAACUGGGAGAACCAGAUCAAGGAGCGAAUUUAAAUGCCAUCCGUUUAGAAAGUCCAAAACCUCUCGACUUAGCGAGUGAAGUCAUUCAGAAUCCACCCCCCGCACAACCAGAAGUUCUCCCAGCCGUCCCGGAAAUUCCUCCAGUCGCUCCGCAAGUUCCUCAAACUCAAGAUCUCGCAAACGCGGCUGAUCCUGUCCAAGGGUUGCCCAACCAGGAGCAGGCGCCAAACCUCUUUCCAAAGCCAGCAUCCUCACUGUUACGGAAUCACAAAUUCGGCACAUUUCUUUCGCUCUUCACCGUGCGCCAGCCACAACGUGAAAUCAAAUCCUCUGCCAACCCGCCGAACCCAAUGUACGAGAUGGACAAAAGCAAGCUGUUGAUUCCUGUGCUGCCGUGGGGACCAGCCGAGCAGAUUCGCGGCUUCCGUGAAUCCCUACUAAUGGGCUUUUUCAUGAACAGGACAGUCUGCGUUCCCCCUUUUUGGCGCGAGCGCAGUCCAAGCGCGUUUAAGAUGGUGGGAGAGGGACUUCCCGCUGGCGCUCGAAUAGACGUUGACGAGCUUUCGAAACUAGUCAAUGUCUGCUCGCUGGAAGAUGUUAUAGCUAAAUGCGGAAAGCAGUUUACGUCGGUUAUGCUGGGCCAAAACAUUUGCUCCAAAUACACGAGGAAGCGCAUCGCGGAGCUGGAGCAGCGGCUGAGCUUUGAUCCGAUUUACACCGACGAGGAUUGCACGCUGGCGGACGGCGUGAAGCUGAGCCCGCCCGGCUUCACGGAGAAAAUGGUGAAGCUGCAGCCCAAGGUCGAGGAUGUGCAGCAGCAAUUUCCCGUGGCGUCGGACACGUGCACCUUGUGGCUCUAUCCAUACAUUAAUUUUAUUGAGAGCGAGAAGAAACUGCUCAUUCCGUUCUUGACCCGCGCGUCGCCACCCGAGGGAAAAUGGCUCAAGGACAUCAUCAAGUACACGAAGCGACCCAAGUACAUCCACCAGAUAGUGAACGACUUCUUCGAGCUGAAUAGUCUCGACAAAAGCAACUAUUUGGCGAUUCGAUGGGAUUUCGAGAAAGACUUUUCGGACAGCUGCGAGAAAAAGAAGGAUGACUUUUUCUGCAAGCUGACUAGCAAUAGCACAGAAGCUAUUCGAGGCUUAACGAAUUAUGUAAAGCAGUAUAAUCAAAAGAAGAAGCUGAAAGGUGUCUAUGUUUCCACGAAUCCUGAUAUGCACGAAAAGAUUUUUACAACGCUGACGAGCGUCUGGAAGGCCGAGUUCGACGGACUGAUCCCGCUCUUUACGCGCGACGAUCUCAGCCCAUGCGUCGAAAAGGUGAACUGCAUGGGCGUCGAUCUUGCCGACGCUGUCGAUACUGCAGAAAUAGAGCUGUGUUACCGCUCCGCCGCAUUUUUACGCGCUCAGUAUUCAAUAUGGUCGAGAACGAUCGAUUUGGAACGACGGGCGACUCAUGUACGCUCGCUGGCCGAUAAACUCUUCACCGAUAUUAUAAAUAAAUAA